AUGAAGCCAACAACUGCCCUUCUCGGGUCCCUUCUGGGUGUCCUCGGAACCCACGCACAGGAUACAUGUGAACGAACCAAGGUCGCUGUUCUAGGUGCUGGUGUUGCUGGAGUCCAGGCAGCGCAUUCACUCGCAAACAACGGCGUCGAUGACUUCGUUGUCCUCGAGUACCAAGACCGCAUUGGCGGGCGCAUGCACGAUGUCCCUUUCGGAGAAGGACCUGAUGGGAAGCCCUAUAUCGUCGAGGCAGGGGCCAACUGGGUACAAGGUACCGUUACUGACGGGGGCCCUGAAAACCCUAUACACACUCUGGCCGAGAAGAACAAUAUUACAUGGCUUUUAACCGAUCAAACAUCCCUCGCCAUGUUCGAUAACAACGGCCCGACGGAUUUCGGAUAUGCCAUCGAAGAGUUCGAAGACGCCAUGGAAAGGGUCGGCCGCGAUGCCGGCGCUCUGCUGGUCGACAAUCUCCAAGACCGAACCUACCGCUCGGGGUUUCGCUACUUGGGCUGGAAUCCAGCCAAGAACGACUCCUACCGCCAGACCGCGGAGUGGUGGCUCUUUGAUGGCGAAUUCGUGUAUACGCCCGAGGAGAGCUCGGAGAUCUUCACGUCUGUUGCGGAAAACGCGACGUUCAACUACUUCUCACUCGAUAAUCACUUCGUGUACGACCAGCGCGGGUUCGCCACCAUCAUCCGUGAACAGGCAAAGACAUUCCUGUCCGAGAAUGACCCUCGCCUGCGUCUUAACACCGAGGUCACCGGCGUAGACUACAACAAGGACUCGGUCACAGUCCACACCAAGGAUGGCUCUUGCAUCCACGCCGACUACGCCAUUCUCACAUUCUCUCUAGGCGUGCUCCAGCGCGGUGGACUGCAAUUUAACCCCCCGCUGCCAGACUGGAAAUCCGCCGCCAUCAGCAGCUUCGAUAUUGGCACAUACACCAAGAUCUUCAUGCAGUUCGACGAGCCUUUCUGGAACGAGACGCAGUAUCUCAUCUAUGCUGACCCUGAGACCCGGGGGUACUACCCCGAAUACCAGCCUCUGGACCUCGAAGGUGUCCUCGAGGACUCGGGGCUCCUCGUUGCAACCGUCGUCAACGACCAGUCAUACCGAGUCGAAGCCCAAUCCAACGAGGAAACCCAGGCAGAGGUCAUGGCCGUUCUCCGAUCAAUGUACGGCGACAAUAUCUCAGACCCAAAGCACCUGUGGUAUAAACGCUGGACCCAAACACCUUGGGCAUACGGAUCCUACUCCAACUGGCCACCAGCAACAAGUCUACAAUCCCACCAGAACCUGCGCUCCAACGUCGGCAACCUCUUCUUCGCCGGCGAGGCCACCAGCCAGGAGUUCUUCGGGUACUUGCAGGGCGCUUACUUUGAGGGCACGCAUACGGGCGCGUUCAUUGCUUCUUGCCUUUCGGGAUCAGGCAACUGUACUGUUUCGGAUGAGCAGAAGAAGUACCCUGUCUUGACUGGUGUUACCCCUUAUAACUUGUAUAACUGGGAUAAUGGGUGGUUUGCGGACGCGGUUAAAUGA